AUGGUCGAGCCGACCGUUGGUGUGGCUCUUGGAGCCCUUGGUACUGGCGUUCCGGUUACGGUGGAUCCGAUCAUGCAACAGCAAAUUCAACAAGACCAAAUGGGCCUUGACGCGCAGCAGCUGCAGCAGCGCAACGCCGCCGUCGCCUCACUGCAGGAGCAGCAACUUCGCCAGCUCCAACAGAAUCUCGUCUUCGGCCAGACGCCGAUCGUCUCCUUCCAGCCCUUCAAUCAGCCCGCGCCCUAUCCGACCAUUUUUGCGCCAACAUUCCCCGGCGCCAACCCCUUCCAGCAGCCGUUCUACUCGGCGGCCGGACUUCAGCAACUGGCCCAGGAAUUCGACUGGCGCAUGCAAGCGCACGCUUCCACGUCGGCCGCAGCCGCCAUGCUCGCCACGCCGAUGUACCAGCCACAACAAUUGACGCUCGACCUGCACUCCCGGAUCAGCCAGGCCGUCCGUAGCACACUGCAGCACGUGCGCGUCUUGGAGAAUACACGAAGUCGC